UGAAGUUUUAUUGGAACACAGCCGUGUUCAUGGUUUAUGUAUUGCCUUUGGCUGUUUUCCUUCUACAAGAGCAAAGUUGAGUAGUUGCAACAGAUAUCUGAUGGCUUUGAUCCCUUGGCGCACGAAGCCGAAAAUGCCUUUGGCCUUUCACAGAAAAACUGUGGCGGCCCCAGCUCUAGACACAAGUAGACCGGGUCAGUGUUGUCCUUCAGGGAUUCCUCAGGUCCCUUCUCACGGAGUGGGAAACUCGAGUUACAACUGCCCUAUGCACCCAGAGCUCUUUAUUUGACCAACCACUCUGGCUUCCAUUACCUUUUCUGGUCUUAUUGGUGUAUUAUUCAAAAUGCAAUUGUUUCUCCUACUUUGAAUAAAAAUAAUACCAUUCUACCGAGCGCCUACGAGAGGCAGUGGAUUUUUAAGAAUAUAGACCUCAGAGCCAGACUGCCUGAAUUUGGAGCCCAGGUCUGCCACACACUAGUUGUGUGACCUUAGUUGUCAACAAAAAUAUGAAAUAGCUCUGACCACAAUCCUGUAGUUAAUGCUCAAAGUACCUCCCUCUGGAUCAUUGGUGGCUCUUCGUAUUUUUUAAUCUGAUGAAAGACUGACCAGAAAUGACCCCAAAGCAACAUUUUAAGAUCUAGUGCUGAUCCUCACAAAGUGAUUCUGGAAGAAGAGAGGAAAGGAAGUCCUCAGACAGAGCUGACGCGAUGGAGCUCCCCAACUAUAGCCGGCAGCUGCUGCAGCAGCUCUACACGCUGUGCAAGGAGCAGCAGUUCUGUGACUGCACCAUUUCCAUUGGUACCAUUUACUUCAGGGCCCACAAACUUGUCCUGGCUGCUGCCAGCCUCCUGUUCAAAACCCUGCUGGACAACACAGACACCAUCUCCAUCGAUGCAUCUGUCGUGAGCCCUGAGGAGUUUGCCCUCUUGUUAGAAAUGAUGUACACUGGCAAACUACCUGUGGGCAAACACAACUUCUCCAAAAUCAUCUCCUUAGCUGACAGCCUACAGAUGUUUGAUGUGGCUGUUAGUUGUAAAAAUCUUCUAACUAGCCUUGUAAACUGCUCUGUUCAGGGUCAGGUGGUGAGGGAUGUCUCCACACCAUCCUCAGAGUCAUCCAGGAAGGAGUUGGAGAAGCCUGAAGUAGAAAUUCUUUCCUCCGAGGGUGCUGGAGAGCUUCAUUCUUCCCCGGAGGUUUCCACCCCUCCAGGGGGCCCUGUGAAAGCCGAGGUGGGGGAAGUGAUCCAGACGGUUGUGCAAGAGAUGAGUGUGGAUCCUUCCGCUGCCCAGGGGAUUCAGGGGAAUGCAGACACCCCAGUGGAGACUCCUCUGACAGCUGAAGAUUUUUCCCCUUCUCCUGUUGUACAAACCUUUAGUGAGGCAAAGGAAGCAAGCCCAGAAUCAGAGUAUGAGGGGAAACACUACCAGCUGAAUUUUCUUCUAGAAAAUGAAAAAAUCUUCUCAGAUGCACUCUUGAUUACCCAGGAUGUUUUAAAAAGACUAGAAGAAUGUUCAGAAAUUAAAGGUGCACAGAAGGAGACCAUAAUGGGAUGUCUUGUGGGUGAAGAAGGACAGUCAGCAUUCCAGAGAAUCCUGGAUAAAGUAAGAAGUGAGAGCCUGGAUGUUCAGACUGUUGUGUCCCUGUUGAGGCUGUUCCAAGAUUCUAAUCCUGCGGUAAAAACAACACUGUUAGACAGACAGCCAGAGGCUGUAGAAGCAGUGCAGCCAAAAGCUCUUUCUCCCCCAGGGAGCACAGAGGAGGGAAAGACCUUGUCUGUUCUGUUACUAGAACACAAAGAGGACCUGAUCCGGUGUGUAACACAGCUGAGACCUAUUUUGGAGUUCCUGGAAACGGGCGAGGAGGAAUUCCUGACUGGCUCUGAGAAAAGGGUGAUUCUGAAUUGCUGUGAGGGUGGAACACCCAAGGAGACAAUAGAAAAUUUGUUGCACAGAAUGACUGAAGAGAAGACCCUGAGCGCUGAGAGUUUGGUAAAACUCCUUCAGGCUGUGAAGAUGACAUUCCCAAACUUGGGCCUUCUGCUGGAGAAUUUGCAGAAAUUAGCUGCUUUGCCAAGCACCACAGUCCAAGCAAGCCCUGAUGAUUAUGGGAUUGAACUAUUGAGGCGGUAUCACGAAAACCUCUCAGAGAUUUUCACAGACAACCAGAUGUUACAAAAAAUGAUCCCACAUGUGAAGAGUUUAGCCCCUGGAGAAAGAGAGGUCAUGGAGAAGCUUGUGAAACGUGACUCUGGUUCAGGUGGUUUCAGUUCUCUGAUGUCAGCAGUUCUAGAAGAGCAGACUCUCUCUGCAGCAGCCAUUUGGCAACUGCUGCUGGUGGCUCAGGAGACAAAGGCCUGCCCAUUGAACCUGCUCACGGAGGAAAUACGAAGGGAGCCUGGCGCAGACGCUUACUUCCGGGCAGUGAUGACCCCAGAAAGUGCUGCCUUCGAAACCAUCCUGAGGCAUCACAGGUUGAUCCUAGAGGCCAUCCAGCAAAGGGCUGAACUCAAGUGCUUGGCCUCAGAGGAAGAGCGCCUGACAGAGACUGUGAAAGAGAUUCUGAGCAUUUCCUCUGAGACAGCCAGCCCUGAAGCUUCCCUGAGAGCAUUGCUGAGCAGAGCCAUGGAAAAAACCAUCUCGGCCAUUGAAAUAUGUCAGCUCCUGUGCAGCAUCCACAGAUCUUUCCCAGGCCUGCAGCCUGUCAUGCAGGAGUUGGCGUAUGCCGGUUUCCUUACUGAAGAAAAGGGAGAGAAGGAAAGGUGGAUGGUGAGUAAUAAAUUUCACCUUGAAGCCAAGGACAAAGCAGAUGAAAAGGCAGCUGAGCCAACUGAAGAAAACUGCCAGCCUGGGAAACAGAACGGUCAAGGAGAGACUGGUUCCUUGCCAGAACAACAAGAGAAAGAUACUGCUGCCUCCCCAGACUCUGCCAAGAAGAGCUUCGUCUGUAAGGCCUGCGACAAGAGCUUCCAUUUCUACUGCCGCCUCAAGGUGCACAUGAAGCGCUGUCGGGUGGCCAAGAGCAAACAGGUGCAGUGUAAGGAGUGUAACGAGACCAAGGACUCUAAGAAAGAGCUGGAGAAACAUCAGCUGGAGGCCCAUGGUACAGGUGGAGAGCCUGACGUCCCCAAGAAGAAGAAGAAGAGGCUUCCAGUGACGUGUGACCUCUGUGGAAGAGAAUUUGCUCAUGCCUCAGGCAUGCAGUACCACAAACUGACGGAGCAUUUUGACGAGAAGCCGUUCUCCUGUGAGGAGUGUGGGGCAAAGUUUGCGGCCAAUUCUACCCUGAAGAACCACCUUCGCCUUCACACUGGGGACCGUCCGUUCAUGUGCAAGCACUGCCUCAUGACCUUCACCCAGGCCUCUGCCCUGGCCUACCACACCAAGAAGAAGCACUCAGAAGGAAAAAUGUAUGCAUGCCAGUACUGCGAUGCUGUGUUUGCCCAGUCCAUUGAGCUGUCCCGCCACGUGAGGACCCACACUGGGGACAAGCCAUAUGUCUGCAGAGAUUGUGGCAAGGGCUUCCGGCAAGCCAAUGGCCUCUCCAUCCACCUGCACACCUUUCACAACAUAGAAGAUCCAUAUGACUGCAAGAAAUGCAGGAUGAGCUUCCCCACUCUGCAGGAUCACCGAAAGCACAUCCACGAGGUGCACUCCAAGGAGUACCACCCCUGCCCCACGUGUGGGAAGAUCUUCAGCGCCCCUUCGAUGCUGGAGCGGCACAUGGUGACCCACGUCGGAGGGAAGCCCUUCAGCUGUGGGAUCUGCAACAAGGCCUACCAGCAAUUGUCUGGUUUGUGGUACCACAAUCGGACCCACCACCCUGACGUGUUUGCUGCUCAGAACCAUCGAUCUUCCAAGUUCUCGUCACUCCAGUGCAGCUCCUGUGACAAAACCUUUCACAACACCAUUGAACAUAAGAAGCACAUCAAAGCAGAGCACGCAGAUAUGAAGUUCCAUGAAUGUGGCCAGUGCAAGGAGCUCUUCCCCACGCCAGCUUUGCUGCAGGUUCACAUCAAGUGCCAGCAUUCAGGGUCACAGCCGUUCCGGUGUCUGUACUGUGCAGCCACUUUCCGCUUUCCCGGGGCGCUGCAGCACCACGUCACCACUGAGCACUUCAAGCAGUCGGAGAGCACCUUCCCCUGUGAGCUCUGCGGGGAGCUCUUCACCUCCCAGGCCCAGCUGGACUGUCACUUGGAGUCUGAACACCCAAAGGUGACGGGCACUGAAAGCCAAGUGGCCGCCUCACAGAUGGUGCAGGUGAUCCAAACCCCAGAGCCGGUGGCCCAGACGGAGCAGGUGAUCACUUUGGAGGAGACCCAGCUUGCUGGUUCACAGGUGUUUGUGACAUUGCCAGAUUCGCAGACAUCCCAGACCAGCUCUGAGCUUGUGGCAGUGACCGUGGAGGACUUGCUAGACGGUACCGUGACCCUAAUAUGUGGGGAGGCCAAGUGAGUGGCUGCUCAUCGUGGAGGGUCCUACGUUUGCAAUAGAGAGAAUGCUCCACACUUGCCUUUUGCCCUUCCUCCCUCGAUGUCCUGAGUAUUGAGCAUCUUAGCUUAGCACCAACCUAAGUGGUCUCACUUGGGAAACGGACAGAAGCAUCAUGGUUCUCAUAAAACCAAGUCUGAGUCAUCAACACCAAUGUGACCGCCCUCCGUAGCAGGCAGGCCUGUUCCUCACAGGCCUGCUGCUGUGGCCUCUCUGACACUGUCCAUCCCCAAGUGGAGUAUAGUUUCUGAAAUAGAGCCUGAAAGAGCAGUGGAAUAAGAGCUGGUGACCAGAGUAACCAGAGCGGUGUGAUGUGCUGGCAGCCCUCAGCAUGCAGAGCAGCAGCUCAGUGCAGGACAGUGGCCCACAGAGUGGGGCUGCAGGUGCUGCCAGUGCCUUCUGGCCAUUUAAAAAUGAGAGAAAAUAGGGGGCUUCCCUAGUGGCGCAGUGGUUGAGAGUCCGUCUGCCGAUGCAGGGGACACGGGUUUGUGCCCCGGU